CUUUAAUAAUUAAUACCAUUCCUAAACAAUAACCAAAACCGACUAACAAACUCAUAAUAAUGAUAAUGAUAAUGGGCGGCCGAAAUUGAUAAUGCAUCAGAAGUCUAAUGUUCCAAUCUCGAUGAUCCCAUUUGUUCUGUUAAGUAUAUGGUGUCUGGAACUGUGCAAACUUCAAGCCCAUGUAAUAUGUAUGAUGGUUUUUGUUUUAGAAGGUAUAUCUUAGUAAACGGUAUAUGAUUGGACAUCUCCCAACAACUCGAGUUAUUGAGAUGAAUUAGUUCUUGACAUGGUAUUAGAACUGGUUUGUUCUUGAGGUCAUGUGUUCAAGUUCUCACGACCCCAAUAUUAAUUGUUGUCUUAAACCACAUCGUAUGGAAAGGCGUGUGCAAACUUCAAACUCAUACAACUUUCGUUUACUGAGAUAGUGUAAUGAAGUUUUUAAGUAACCUCUUGGGUUUACUUUUAUUUACAGGGCGUGUAAUGAAAUUAUUUGUAACAAAUUUUCAGAUGUGGCGAGCGGCAGUGACGGAGAUGGUAGCAACGGCGUGUCUCGAAUUCACCCUAACUACCACCUUAAUCUCCUGCUUCGAAUCGGGCCAAACCGACCCGAAACUUCUCGUUCCGGUUGCCAUCUUCAUCGCCGGCUACCCCCUCCUCCUCGCCACGGUCCCUCUCACCGGCGGCCACAUGAACCCGGUCUUCACCUUCGCCGCCGCCCUCAAAGGUGUCGUCUCCGUCGUCCGCGCCGCGUCCUACUUCGCCGCCCAGUUCCUCGGCGCGUUGAUCUCCUUCGCCGUCGUCAAGGCCACGAUGGACCGCGGAACCGCCGAUAAGUACCAGCUGGGCGGCUGCGUCGUCAACGGCGGCGGACCCGGAUCCGGGGUCGGCGCCGGGACGGCUCUGGCGCUGGAAUUCACGUGCACUUUUGUGCUGCUGUACGUGGCGAUGCCGAUUUUCGAGCGGCGGAGGGAGCUGGGGCUGCCGACGGUGUGCGCGGCGGUGGCGGUGGCUUAUGGGCUGGUGGUUUAUGUUUCGAUUACCGUGACGGGCCGAUCCGGGUAUUCCGGAGUGGGCUUGCACCCGGCGAGGUGUUGGGCUGCCGCUGUGCUGUUUAAGGGCCCGUUGUGGGAGGCCCAUUGGGUGUUUUGGUUGGGCCCGUUUCUAGCUUGUCUUGUUUACCAUGCGUUCAGUUUGGCUUUACCGAGGGAAGAACUCGAGAAAGGAGACGAACUUGAGGAGGAGCAUAAUGGUCGUCAUUUGGACAAAUUUCAAAGCGAUAAUUUAAAGGAUUUUGAAGUUAGUGAUUUUUAAGAAUAGCGUGAUUGCGAGACCAACAAAUGUCAAACUAGUAAUAUGAACUUGUAACCUUAACAUAUUGGUUUGAAGGAUUUCGAAGUUAGUGCUUUUUAAGAAUAACGUGAUUGCGAGACCAACAAGUUUAAAAGCUAGUAACUAUGAACUUGUGACCUUAACAUGUUGCCCAACUAAUAGUUAUUUGGAUCAUGUUGUGAUAAAAUGAUAAUCAUUGAAUUACAAGUUAGUCUCAUCUAUGAGUUCAUCGUAGUUAGUACGAAGUGAUUAAAUUUGUAGCACUCUAACCUUAUAACCUGUGAUUAUGUCGCAGCCCCAAUUCAUAGCACAAGUUAUCUGGAUCAUGUUGUGAUAGAAUGAUAAUCAUUGAAUUACAAGUUAGUCUCAUCUAUGAGUUCAUCGUAGUUAGUACGAAGUGAUUAAAUUUGUAGCACUCUAACCUUAUAACUAUAACUUGUGAUUAUGUCGCGGCACCAAUUUAUAGCACAAGAUAAUAACUAAUCUCUUCUUCUUGAUACGAAGGUAAACAAAAAAUUACGAGACCUAUAAAAUUAGUACUACAAUCAUAUAUAAAUUUUUAAGGUUAAU